AUGCUAAGAAGAGGAGCUGUGCGUUUGGGCUCGUCUUAUAGUACUGCUACUGCUAAUACUACCGCUGCUAAAGUAGCGUCGCUGGCCAGUUUGCGGACAGAGCUCGUGUACAAGCCGACCGCCAGAUUCUAUGUCACCAAGACUGCGACAAAGAAGGAGACGCAGCUCGCAGUGGAUGCCGGCGGUGCGGCAACGACUGCGGGUGGGCACAGCGUGCCCAGACACCCAGCAGUGAGUGGUGGGAUGGCCGAUGAGGCGAUGCACGUGCACACUGCGGACUCACAGGUGCCCACUCCCUCCGUUUACGAUGCGCCUAUCCCGUCUGCCAUCAACUUCCUGAAGUCUGUCCCCAGGAAACAGUUGCUGUCGCUGUUCGUGAUCGGGGUAUGCUCUUUGAACAAGUUCGUUUUGGACACUUGUAUCAAAGUGUUCCCCUUCGUGCCAGUGCCCAUCAUUAGGCUCCUGAUCUCUGACUUGUACUGUGGCGGGGAGACCAUGAAGCAGGUGACGGACUGCGGGGCGCAGUUGCAGAAACGAGGGAUAUCAAACAUGAUGCUGUCCCUCACCAUAGAGGACUCUGAAGGAACGAAGAACAUCGACAUCAACCACAUCGUCGACGAGACCAUACAGUCCAUCCACCAAGUGCUGAGACCAAACCUGGAGUCGCAGUUGGAAAAGUGCACCCCAGAGCAAGUCAACGACAUAGCCCCAGGUUACAUCGCUUUGAAGCCAUCCGCACUGGUGAAGGACCCCGCACAGGUGUUGCUGAACUUCAAUAACCCGGAACCGUACUGGCAGGCGCAGAGACAGGUUCUCAUUGACAACUGCUCCAAGAUAACGGAAGAGAUAUACAACUUGAACCAAGAGUUCGCCAAGAAGUACCCAAACAGAGUCUCCCCCUUUUUUGUCUCCACCAUCGACGCGGAGAAGUUCGAUUUGCAACUAAACGGUGUUUACGAUCUGCAAAGAGUCCUGAUGCAGAAAUUCAACCCCGUGGACGCUCCCUGUGUCUCCGUGAUCGGGACGUGGCAACUCUAUCUGACCGAUUCGUAUAACCACCUGUUCCACGAGUACAAACUCGCAAAGCAGUACGGGUACAAGCUGGGACUCAAGAUUGUAAGAGGCGCUUACAUCCAUUCCGAGGCUAACAGAAGCGAAGUCAUCCACCCAACAAAGGAGGCCACCGACAAGAACUAUGACCACAUAAUGCAAACUGUCAUAAGCGAUAUGAUAAACAAGGGCUCGAAGUCCUUCUACGGGCAUCUAGUCAUUGCCUCGCACAACUACCACUCGCAACUGAUAGCGACCAACAUCCUUGACACCCACAAAUCGAACAAAUUUGUCAACGCCAACGUGAUCUUGGGCCAACUGCUCGGAAUGGCAGACAACGUCACUUACGAUUUAGUGCAUACCCACCACGUCAAGAACAUCAUCAAGUACGUCCCAUGGGGUCCAGCAAACGAAACAAAGGACUACCUGCUCAGGAGACUACAGGAGAACGGCGACGCGGUCAGGUCCGACAACGGCUGGCCUCUGAUUAAAAACAUCAUGCUGUCGUUGAGCGGUAGUAAGUAA